AUGAAACUUCAACCUCCAACAUUCUCUGGUGGUAUGGAACCAUUUGAAGCGGAAGAGUGGCUAAAGAGGAUGGAGUCUAUUUUUGAUGUCAUGAGUGUUCUUGACGAUCAAAAAGUUGUUCUUGCCCCUUUCAUGUUAAAAGAUAAAGCUCGAUUUUGGUGGGAAGCUACUAAAGGGUUGCUGACUACACUAGCAAUUAGGGAACUGGAGCCUCCAGUGCCGAAAAAAGUUACUUGGAAAGAAUUUAUUGCAGGCUUCAAUGAGCAAUAUUUCCCUCUAUUGUAUCGAUAUGAUAUGGAGCAUGAGUUUUCUAGUUUGAGGCAAGGUAAUAUGUCAGUUGCUGAAUAUAAUGCUAAGUUCAUCAAAUUAUCUCGAUUUCAGUUUGGUUUGGAUCCCGACAUUCGAGCUGGAGUUGCUACUCAUGAAGCAAAGAGAUAUUCUGACUUGGUACACAAAUCAAAGAUUCCAGAAAAGAGUGUUAAUGAGAAGAAAGAAAGGCAAGCACAAUAUAAGAGGGUCGAUUUGAGGCUGGAUCAUAUAGACAGAGGUUUCAGGGAUCAGAGUUCUCAGAAGCAACAACCUAGACAGCAAACCAGUGUUUCCUUAGGUAGUGGUACACGAGAUAUUACUUGUUUUAGUUGUGGAGCGAGGGGGCAUGUGGCACGAGACUGUAAGGGAAAACAACAAGAGAAAUGUUAUCGUUGCAACCAACCUGAGCACAAGAUUCGCGAUUGUCCUGUGACAUCUGUUUUUUCUCCGUCGGUGGGUAGUGUGGCUGGUGGUAAUACAACUUCAUCUAAGACUCCUCAGAGAGGUGGGGGAUCUUCUAGUGGACCUCGUACUCAGGCCAGAGUAUUUGCUAUGACUCGGUAA